AUGAUCUUCAAUAAAGAUCAUCAAGGAGUAUAUACUCAAGUUAACUACAGUAAUAAUAAUAAUAGUAGUUAUGGUGUACAUCCAAUCAUUAUUGAUGAUCAAACAUUAUCAUAUUUUGUAAAAGCUAAUGGACUGAAAAGUGUAAAUUGGACAUCGUGGUUAGGCAUUUCAGUUGUUUUAUUUACAGUAACAAUAACCUGGACGUUACACAUUUGUAUCAUGGUGUCUGUCAGUAGAAAUUUGAUGGUAAAACAUAUCACAUAUUUUUAUAUCAGUUCAAUUGGAUUUGUUAUCAUGCUACAUUCAGUGUUCAAUUUCCCAAUACAUAUCAUAAGUGAUAUCUUUGGUGAGAAUGAAUACAUUCAAAACUUUUGCUGUGUGUCAGUUGCAACGGAGACGGUCGUAUGUCAUGCAAUUUUAUUACAUCUUUUAGGAUCCAGUUUAGAUACACAUUUUCGUCUAACAAAGCCAAGAUGGUUUACUUCUACUUCUAAUGGAUCCGAUAAACGUUUAUUAGCAAUACGACUGAAAAUAGCUGCACCGUGGAUAGUAAGUAUAUUACAGACCGGUGCUCAGAUCAUUCUAAGUGAUCCGUUUCCACCUGCGUAUUUAGAAGAAGGCAGGUUCUGUACAUCACCAGAUGUUAAUUUUCUUAUAUUACGUACUUUGGUUGCAUUUUUACUACCAUUGUUAGCAAGUAUUGUAAUUCUGUUUAUGACUGCACAUCGAAUACAAAAUUUACAGAGACAAAAGCAACGUAUCCAAUGUUCCAGAGAAAUUCCUCCGUAUACUAGAGAAGAAAUGAACACUGAUAUCACUGGCUCACGAACUAAUGAAAAUUCUGUGUACUGCCUUGUUACCUCCUGUACUAAUAAACAUGACAAAUCAUCUAAACGAAAGGAAAAUGAAUUGAUUCCCCUUUCAUACUUCAAUAAACAUUGUAAUUAUGAUUACGAGCAAACUUUUGAUACCAUGACAAGAUCGAAAAAGUUAGAAACUGAAUAUAAAAAUUUACAUAAAAUUUGUCAUAACGAAUUCAUUGGAAGUCAGUGUUCGGGGAAUGAGACAAGUUUCAAUGCAAACAACGACGUAUUACGUGCAUUUGUUAAUGACAGUUCAACUGACAAUAAUAAAAAUUCUCCAAUUAGAUGUCCUGGAUCACCUAUACUUCUGAAAUUGCCAUCAACUCCGAAGACAAUAUCUUCACAAUACCAACAAGGAUCAAGCUCGUCGGAUGCUGGAAUUUCAAGCCAAACAACAGAAGACACAGAUGAAUUUAUAAUUCAUAACUGUAUGACACAGAAAUGUAAUAGUACUAAGGAUAACAGUUCGUUCAAUAUCAAUAAUGAUAAUGAUAAUAAUGAUAAUCCAUGGGAAAUUUUAGACAGUGAAUGUCAAACUAAAUCGUCAAAAAGCAAUGACAAUCAGAAGUUAAUAAGACACUUCUGUCCACAACAUGGACAAGUCAUAAUACCAGAAAAUGUCUAUAAACCUUCCUUACCCGUUGUUCAGGAGAUUGAUGUUAGACAAGGUGGUGGUCAAACAACACAAGAUUUCAUACUUCAUAGUAAUGAAAUCAGUCCGUUCAGUGGAAAGAAUAAAAGUUUACUGAUGCACGUUAAAAAUAAUUUGUUUUCAUCUCCGAAAAGUAUGACAUUUUCAACUCCAAUCACAGCUCAUAUUAUUUUCAAUAAACUGUGUUAUUUAGAAAAAGAAGAAGAUUAUCUAACUGAUCCAUGUAAAGUGAACAAUAAACAGACUCAUUCUCAGUGUAAUGACGAACAACGAUACAACCAACACGAAAGUGAACUGCAUUCAAGUAAAUUUCCUAAACAAUUUCCAGAACAUAGAGCAGUUAAGCUUAAUAUGAUUUUAUGUGCAAUUACCAUAGCUAUGUGGUCACCUUUUGUCACUGCAACUCUCAGUCAUUUAUUGCUAAGUAAUUCAAACUAUUUUCAUUUGCUAUCCGUUGGAACAUUAAUACAAUUUAAAUGGUUAGCUUACAUGAGUUCUGUUGCCUACCCCAUUGGAUUUUUACUCGUUGAUUCACAGUUAUGCAAGACAACGUUUUCACAAAUGUGUCACCGAAAAUUAUAA